AUGGCUCCCCCGAUUCUCCAUUCGCCGGUUCAGCUGUCCCCAGCGGCGGCGCUGGCCUUAUCUCAGCAAGCUCCUGCAUUCCUGCGAAGCUCGUCCUCGACCGUGUCAUCAUCGCCUCUCAGCACCUUGCUCUCAGGCCCCGAGAAGUCAGAACAAUGGCUACAAUACGAGAAUCUGAUCGUGUCGUGUCUGCGAACGGGAGAUGACCAGGCCGCACACCAAUGCCUCCGGCGCCUCGUCGCCCGUUUCGGAGACGACAACGAGCGGGUGCAGGCGCUCAGGGGCCUGGUGAAGGAAGCCGAGGCCCAGGGCAACGGCGCGUUGGAGGAAGUCCUGAAGGAGUACAACCAAAUACUGGAUGAGAAUGAUACCAAUAUUCCUAUUGCAAAGAGGCGGAUCGCGCUAUUGCGGUCCAUGGGGCGUCUGUCCGACGCAGCGUCAGCUCUCGUGCAGCUUCUCGACUUCUCCCCCACCGAUGCCGAAGCGUGGUCUGAGCUCUCGGAUAUCUAUCUCUCGCAGGGCCUGUACCCACAAGCCAUUUACGCCAUCGAGGAGGUCCUGGUAUUGGCGCCAAAUGCAUGGAAUAUCCAUGCACGACUGGGAGAGUUACAAUACAUGGCCGCGACUGCCCCGGGCGUGGCCAAUGGGUUGUACCAAAAGUACAUGGCUGAGGCGGUCAAGCGUUUCGCGCGGAGUGUCGAGCUGUGCGACGAUUAUCUCCGGGGAUACUACGGCUUGAAGCUGGUCUCAAAAAGGUUGCUCAACGAUGGUGCCAAGGCAACAAGGCAGACAGAUGACAGCGAGUUCGCGCUGCCAGGCACCAGCACCCUUGAACGGCUUAAUGAGCUGGCCACAGCAAGGCUGUCCGAGAUUGUCCGACACAGCGCCGCGAGUGACCGGGGCUGGCGUGGUUACAGCGAAGCUGAGGUUGCUGCAGCUCGGGCGUUGCUUGCUGACGAUGCAUCUGCAAUCGAGAGGUGA